AUGGGCAACCUUCUGCGACUCAUAACUGGAAACAAGGCUUCGCCAGCGACUGCAGCGACUGCUACCUCAGUCCGCGUGCCGUUCCUGGAUUUUGCUCCAGAUUUUGUCGAAGCCAUCGUCAAUGGUGAGAAGAAAGCCACAACAAGAUGCCCUGGACCCAAAGAUACGGAUCAUACAAGUGAUUUGGAGGCAGUGAUCUCACAGGGCUGGGCCUUGGCCAAGUGCCAGCACCGGGGCUUUGCCGUCCUGGCCAUUGAGAGCUCGGAGACGAGAAUCGUUCGGGACAUUGAUGAUACACUGGCACGAGUUGAAGGAUUAGAGACUGGAACAGAACUCCAGCGCAUUUUGCGGGGGUUCUACCCUGGUCUUGCUGAUGACGACUCGGGCAAGGGUGAUUCGCAGAAAAAACACAUGGCAGCUGCAGAGGCGUUGGCAAUUCGCAAAAACUCCACCCCGGUGCUGGUUUGCUUCUAUUCUGGCGGGAUGAAGCCAGCACAGGGGCAGGCACAUCUGAAGGAUCUUCUAGCCGCUGCCAAAGAUGCAGGGCUGGAAACCUUGGUGUUGGAUCAUCCGACUGAAGAGCCGUACCAGAAGUGCAAGGAUUGGCAAAGUUACAUUGAGGCUCUCCAGCAACAGGUUGAGACGCCAGAGCUGCGAAGUAGGCCUUUGAUCCUCUUCGCCCACAGUCAUGGUUGCCUACAAGCAUAUGGCCUUGCAAAACAGCUUGGGAAGCGCGUGCUGAAGUUCUUCCUAGCGGCGCGGAGACCACCAACAAUGCCGUUGCUGGAUGAGGUUUGGGGCGUUAGCAAAGGGGCGGACAUCCAAAGCAUGGAUGAUACAGCUCUUUUGGAAGGACUUGUGGGAGCAUGGCGGAAUGCUUUGCUGGAAAGUGUGCGUGGCUCCAGCCUGCCACCAGUGGCGAAGAAAAUCCUGAGCACUGUUCGUGAACAGUAUGCCUCACCCUGCAGUCCAGGUGGUAGCAGUGAGUUGGACGUUGUCGUGAGCGGAGACGCAGCGGUUGCAGCGCCCAUUGUCGCUUUUGCAUGCUCACAGGAAAAAGAAAAGGGAGAGACUGCCACCAAGAUGGAAGGCUGGCGAAGCCUCACAUCUUCGAGCUUUGAGCUGAAAGUGGUGGAAGCUGACCAUAUGGAUUGUUUAUCAUCAGCCGAUGGGAAGAACUCAGAGUUGGUGGAUCUCUUGGCGGAGGACAUGAAGAAGCUGCUGUCAGAUGCAAGCGCUGUGGCGUAA